AUGGUUAACAGCAAGUUUUCUGUUAUGAAGCAGGAGGAAAUUUACACUAGAAUCUUUCUGUUACUUAUGACCAUUCUAAAGGAAAUGCAGAAGCAAAUGACAGAUCGAGCAUCUGGAGGUUCAAGAUUUAGCAGAGUUGAGGCAGCCCUCAGCCUGAGCAUGGAGAAAUCUCUCAAGUCUAACUGUGAUGCUCUGAGGAACCGCAAUCAAGAGGAGAACAAGAAACAGAAGUUAGAACGGGAUCGCAUGAAGCAGAUAACAAGUUCAAUCUCGGGCUCUAUGAACACGAAGUGUUCAUCCAUGUUCAAGAAUACAUUGAAGCAAGAAAUUGCUGCAAUAGGACCAGCAGGAUCUCGCGCAAUUACCCCAAUUUUGGAGAAGACCGUUUCUUCAGCUAUUGCUGAUUCAUUUCAGAGAGGGGUUGGAAACAACGCAGUGAAUCAGUUGGAGAAAUCCGUCAACUCGAACCUUGAAGCGACAGUGACCAGACAAAUUCAGGCACAAUUCCAAACAUCUGGGAAGCAAGUUUUUCAGGCAUGCAUGAAUAAAUUACUGUAG